GGUCCAUUCCCUUCAAAAUCCCGACGGUGCCGGGCAUAGAGCAGGAAAUACUCCGGCAAUAAUACCUGCUCCAUUAGCAGCGAGAGCUUCACGACACUCUUCUUCCUUCUUUUUCUUCUUCUGUACUGCACAGGAAAUCCAUUUUUGCUGUCCUUACUUGCCUUCGCUUUUCGUUCUGGCGCGGUAUCUGCUAUACGUCCAAUUGGAGCAUUCGAUUUAUAAAGUUUCUGGGCACCUUGAUUUCUGACGUCCUGCUUGCGAUAGUUGCGGAUUCAAUUAAGUUUGCUCCUCCUUUGAAUUUGAUCGGCGACCUCUAUGUUUGACUAGAUUUUUACAGGAUAUCCUGCCAUGAUUAAAUAGCAAGAAGUGAAGCUGGUGGCUAGCAUUCCUUUUUCCUUUUCCCAAGUGUAAUGAACUUGAAGAAAGUUGAGAUGUAUCAUUUUCAUUGGAAUAAUAUUGCAAAAUCAGCUUCUUUACAAGAAUUAUACAAAAGUUAAGCGGAGAAAAUGAAAUGACGUGGACAUCAACAACAAUGGACUCAGCCUCAAGAAGAUAAGUGUUGCAACCUAACACUGACAACUUUCCCUGUUGUAUUUAGCAUUUGUAGUUAUGAACCUAGAUGAAGUGGUGAUGUUUGGAAGAAAAAGAGGUGAAACUCAAUGUAACAUAGGAAAGCAAUGCUGCAAAAAUUAGCUUAUAUUUUGUGGUUUCCCAUUCUCCAAGACAUCAGUUAUGUUGCUAACUACCGACCCUCUCCUUGUUUCCUAUGGCGUCAUUCGUUUCACUUUCCAUGUGUUGGUAGCUCUUAUUUUUCAUCUUUUCCAACAUGUACCUCUGUUGGUGAUGUUGAAAUGGGUGAGAGACAAUAUAGGCUUCAGUUUUUGAAUUCUAUGAGAAAUCAAUGCAGGUCCAGUCAAUUUAAAAAGGUUGAUGAUGCCUUAGAUUUCUUUCAUGAAAUGGUUAGGAUGAAGCCUCUGCCGCCUGAGAGGGACUUUACGCUACUGAUUGGAGUGAUUGUGAGGAUGAAGCACUACACAACAGCAAUUUCCUUAGUUAAACAUCUGUAUUUCUUAGGAAUGAGAGCUAAUGUCUGUACUUUUGAUAUUAUCAUCAAUUGUCUUUGCUAUCUGAAGCAGACAGCUUUUGGAUUCUCAGUCUUGGGGACUAUGUUCAAAGUUGGUCUGGAGCCCACAGUGGUGACUUUUACCACUCUCGUGAAUGGACUCUGUAUAGAAGGCUAUGUUGUUCAAGCUAUAAGUUUGGUUGACCAUAUGGAAAAGAUCGGGUAUCAAUCUGACAUUCACACCUAUGGAGCAAUAAUAAAUGGACUCUGCAAGACCGGAAACACAUCUGCUGCCAUUGGAUAUCUAAGGAAGAUGGAAAAAAGAAAUUGGAAACUCAAUGUUGUAGUUUACAGCACAAUUGUGGAUAGUUUGUGCAAGGAUAGAUCAGUAUACGAGGCUUUAAAUUUGUUCUUAGAAAUGACUGGCAAAGGUAUUCGUCCUAAUCUUGUCACUUAUUCUUGCUUAAUUCACGGUCUUUGUAAUUCUGAUAGAUGGAAAGAGGCAAGGACUUUACUGAAUGAAAUGAUGGAAAAGGGAGUCAUGCCAGAUUUGCAAACUUAUAAUAUAUUAAUAGAUGCUUUUUGCAAAGAUGGAAUGGUUGUGAAGACUAAAAGCAUUAUUGGUAUCAUGAUUCAAAUGGGGAAGGAGCCUAAUGUUGUCACCUAUAAUUCAUUGAUUGGUGGAUAUUGUAUUCAAAAGCAACUGAAGGAGGCCAUGAAAGUAUUUAAGUUGAUGGUUGAUAGGGGCUGUUUGCCAAACACUGUAACUUAUAACUCUUUGAUCCACGGAUGGUGUAAGAUUAAAAACUUGAAUAAGGCUAUGUAUCUCUUGGAUGAAAUGGUGAAUAAAGGAUUUAUUCCGGAUGUUAUAACCUGGACCUCUCUUAUAGGUGGAUUUUGCCAAGUGGGCAAACCACUAGCUGCAAAAGAACUGUUUUUUAGUAUGCACAGCUAUGGCCAAGUUCCCAGUCUCCAGACUUGUGCCAUUAUUUUGGAUGGACUAUUCAAGUGCCAUUUUCCUUCUGAGGUAGUAUCUUUGUUUGGGGCAAUGGAGAAGAUGGCUUUGGAUUUUGAUAUUGUGAUCUAUAAUAUUUUGCUUGAUGGAAUGUGCAACUCUGGAAAAAUGAAUGAUGCAUGGGCUCUCUUUUCUUGUUUGCUUACUAAAGGGUUGCAGGUUACUUGUCGGACAUACAACAUAAUGAUCAAAGGUCUUUGUGAAGAAGGACUACUAGAUGAAGCUGAAGACUUAGUGAGGAGUAUGGAAGAGACUGGAUGUGCACCUAACGGUUACACUUAUAAUAUCUUAGUCCAAGCAUUGCUGCAAAAAGACGAGAUUUCAAGGUCUAAGAAAUACGUUCAGAUAAUGAGAGAUAAAGGAUUUUCUGCUGAUGCUGCCACAACCGAAUUGCUUAUUAAUUGCUUAUCUGCUAACAGAGGAGAUAAUGUGUUUCCGGAAUUGUAUUAGAAGUUUGUUCAAAUUUAAUCUCUCAAUUCAUUACAUGUUGUGUCUUCAUAUUUGAUGCUUUCAAAGUUUUUCAUCGCCCUUGUUUUAUGCAUGAGAGAUAACGAAAACUGACAUUUGCUGAAGACGUCCUUUAAAUCGUAGUUUUAAAAAUAAUAAUAAUAAUAAUGAGUCUUUACCUGCAUAUUUUAUUAUGAUAGUUCUUCAAUUUUUUUUGAAACAUCCUGGAAUAGGGAGGACUUUAGGAACUUUUAGAAAUUAGAUAUUUCCCCGUAGUAUUAGUGGGGUUGUGCAUCUAUUUUAUAGAUGGAAAUAUUUCCUUGCGAGUUUUGAUAAAGUGUAACGAUGCAGCGUGUUAUGUUUGGGUGCUUUAUGCGGUCAACUUUAGGGAUGAUCCUUUGCAACUAAUAUUUCCUCGAAUCUAUCAUUGAUUCAAUGACUUCUGUCUGGGUAAAUUGAACACAUGCAAGAAUAUGAGGAAAGGUGCAGCUAAGUGGACUAGAAGGAGAUCUUAUCCAUUGAGGAAGUAUUGUGUCUAUGAAAUCCUAUGCUGAAAGGUGCUUAGCUUCUUCAUGGGUUUCAGUACAUGGUAUUUCCUACAGGUCGUAUGAUGCCAGUUGUAAAGGAGGAACGUUGAGGGCUACAUUGAUACUUCUAUUACCAAUAUUAAGCCGUUCCAUGGACAUGAAGACUGUUGAAUAAUUUAUCUGGGAUCACUUGAAAACCAAAACACGUCCAAUUUUUGAUCGUUUGGUGAAACAGUAAAUGCAUCAGUAUUACAUUUAUUCGUUUAUGGAUGAGAUAGAUAUUAGAGGAGCUUAAAAGUAGGUGAGAAAAUUCAUAGAGCAACACUGAAAAGCUUUUCUGGAAAGGCUAUGGACCCUGUUUCACUUAUGAAUGUAUUGUACCGGAAUAUUACAUAUUUUAUAUUAUAGGUGAGCUUGGCUGCCAAGUUUGAACUUUGAAUGAAUAUCUUCAUUUCAACAAUGGGUUGGAUGAAUAUGAUUGCAUGGCAAA